CUGCACUACGGGACCCUCAUGGGCAGCAGAGCUUGUGUCAAAAUGGCAGCAGCUGCCUGGGGCAGUGGGUUUCUGAAUGCUCUCCUGCACACUGGGAACACAUUUUCAAUACCACUCUGCCAAGACAACACAGUGGGCCAGUUCUUCUGUGAGAUUCCCCAGAUCCUCAAGCUCUCCUGCUCAGACGCCUACCUCAGGGAAGUGGGGCUUCUUGUGGUUAGUGUUUUUUUAGUCUUUGUGUGUUUCAUUUUCAUUGUGGUGUCCUAUGUGCAGAUCUUCACUGCUGUGCUGAGGAUCCCCUCUGAGCAGGGCCGGCACAAAGCCUUUUCCAUGUGCCUCCCGCACCUGGCCGUGAUCUCCCUGUUUCUCAGCACUGUCAUGUUUGCCUACCUGAAGCCCCCCUCCCUCUCCUCCCCAGCUCUGGAUCUGGUGGUGUCUGUUCUGUACUCAGUGGUGCCUCCAAGGAACGUCAUGAAGCUUCACAAACGGAAAUGCAACAUCUCGCACGUGAGAAAGAGUAACCCAAUGCACCAGGAAACACUGGGUGCUGACCAGCUGAAAAGCAGCUUUGCAGAGAAGGACCUGGGGGUGCUGGUACACAACAUGAAGUAG